AUGGCAUUACUUCACAUCCUGUACAAAGACACACUGUUGGCAUAUCGUUUGGUACUGACUAUUCAACUCACACUCUCUCUAAUGAAGUUUCCCAAUAAGACGUUCUGAUAUUGUUGGAAAAGUGCAGCGAAUACAGGAUUUCAGGACAUCAUGGACAUGACUCCCACCCCCAGCUCUGGUAAUAGUAACCUGAAUGAAGCCAACAAUUGUGGAGUGGACCUCAGCCAAGAUGCCAUCUACCUUCCUGUAAUCUACAGUAUCUUCUUCAUCAUUGGCACUCCCCUCAAUCUGAUGGCCCUGUUCGGGCUCUAUCGUCUGAUCAAGUCUGAAAACGUCUUACCGGUGUACGUGAUCAACCUGCUCCUUUCGGAUCUCCUCCAACUGUUCACUGUACCUCUAUGGAUUGACUACUAUCGCAGGGGUCACAGCUGGCGAUUCGGGUCCACUUCCUGCCAGUUAUUGGGGGCCAGUUUCUACGUCAGCAUUUACACCGGCAUUGCCUUCAUGUGCAUCAUCGCUUUGGAGCGCUACUUGGCCAUCGCCAAGCCUCUGAGAUUCCAAGCAUUGAGAAAGCUGAAGUUUGCACGAUGGAUAGCCCUUAGCAUAUGGGUCGUGGUAGCCGUGCCUCCAUCCAUCGUCUUGCGUAAAAUGCAACCCAACGACAAUCACACCCUGUGUAUCGAGAGCUACCCUUCCAAGGAGGGGUUCAUCAUCUACCGAUUGAUCACCUUAUCCCUGUCCUUCAUCAUCCCUCUCGCCUUCAUCGUGAUCCUCCACCGGAAGACCCUGAGGUCUUUGUCGGCCAUUGGUACCUUGGGAACGGAAGAGAAGCACCGCAUCAGGGGGCUUCUCAUUCUGCUGAUGGUCAUCUUCAUCCUGGUCCUCGGCCCCUACCACAUCACAGGAUGUGUGAAGUACAUUGGAUUGCUUCUCCACGGUGACGCCUGUGAGUGGGAGAAGGCAGUGUUUGUGCCCUACCAGCUGGGCAGGGGUUUGCUGAGCCUCAACAGUGUGCUGGACCCUAUACUUUAUACGUUCCUGAGGAGUGACUUCAGGGCAGCUGCGGGCCAUUACCUGCCCUGCCUGAAGAGAAUGCAGGAGUCUGUAUGCAGGACUGUGAGUCAUCAGAGGACCACCACUAAGACCCCUAGUACUCACUCAGAUCACUCUGAUUCUAUCCAAACCCAAACCAGACAUUUGUAACAUACCUGUACAGGAUGUACAGUACCUAGCUAGAUGUUAUCUGCUUGUAUUAUAAUGUAAUAACCAGAUCUCAAAAAACCAUCACCAGGACCACUAUUAUCCUUGAAGACCCCACAGAGAUACCCUGAUUCAACCUGUGAUGAACAUUAAUACUGAAUAUUAUUAAUAAAUGCUGCAGAACAAAGGUUAUACUGUGGGAAAGGAAAAUCUCUAAGGUAUACAUAUAUUUCGUAUUAUUAUUAUUAUUUUUUACAAAAACUGUUUGUUUCUUUAAACAGUGCCGGUGGGUUUUGGAAAGUACAUUCUUGAUUGAGACAGACGUGAUUUGCCUCAUAUUGCCACAGCCAGGAAGUUGCCAGAGUUGGGAUUUCAUGUGGCAGGCAGCUGGUCUCGCAGAAGGACUGGUGUCCUCAUAAUAAAUUCACAUUUCCUCUUUCAAGCACCAAACAAUUUCACAAAAAGGAACUUGCCUAGAAACAGAUCUUGUUCCAAAUCAAUUGGAAGUUGUUUUACAAACUUGUUUUACAACUUUGUUUAAACAAACUUACAAACUAGGCCUGAAACAUAUAAGAUAAACUGCGGAAGGACUGAACAUAGUUGUAAUCCUUGGUUGUCCACAAUAGUGUAUAUUUGACACUGGGGAGAAAAAGAAUGUAGUACUUUGAUGAUUUAGAGUUGCCUCUGGCAACUGAAAGGGAUGGUUGGACGAGACUGUUCUACCUGUUUAUAAAUAGCAUCGUACCCAACUGAAAGGGAUGGUUGGACGAGACUGUUCUACCUGUUUAUAAAUAGCAUCGUACCCAACUGAAAGGGAUGGUUGGACGAGACUGUUCUACCUGUUUAUAAAUAGCAUCGUACCCAACUGAAAGGGAUGGUUGGACGAGACUGUUCUACCUGUUUAUAAAUAGCAUCGUACCCAACUGAAAUGGAUGGUUGGACGAGACUGUUCUACCUGUUUAUAAAUAGCAUCGUACCCAACUGAAAGGGGUGGUUGGACGAGACUGUUCUACCUGUUUAUAAAUAGCAUCGUACCCAACUGAAAUGGAUGGUUGAACGAGACUGUUCUACCUGUUUAUAAAUAGCAUCGUACCCAACUGAAAUGGAUGGUUGGACGAGACUGUUCUACCUGUUUAUAAAUAGCAUCGUACCCAACUGAAAGGGAUGGUUGAACGAGACUGUUCUACCUGUUUAUAAAUAGCAUCGUACCCAACUGAAAUGGAUGGAUGGACGAGACUAUUCUACCUGUUUAUAAAUAGCUUGUUUUUGAUUAACGCUGUGUGUGACCGAGUAACAAAUUGUGUAUUUUGAAGUGUGUUUGAUUGUAAAAAGAAAAAAAAAACAGAGUGUUUUCAAAAAUGAA